UACUGCCACUCCUUCAACUACACAUUCGGUGGAAAAGUAGCGGUUUCGGUUAAAAGGGCGAAAUCCCCUUUUCAUUUCGCCAGUAAUUUAUUUUUUUCAUAGAAAUUAACUUGCACGCUUUGUUGCGGUAGCAAUUGGCUUUGAUAAUCUCAAGACUGAGGAAAGGAAGGUUUUGGUAUAAGUGUAGGCAUGCCUGACGCAGUUCGACAAGAUGCAGCGGAGCAAAAAUCAGGUAGCAACAGGGUUCAAGCCUACGCUAAAUUAGAAUUUGAAAAGUUUUCUUUCUUUGUUCAGACUCUACAAGUUACAAUGGGUCGGAAAGCUAGUAACUUUAGUGAUUGCGAUGUUCAUCUGGGAGACACCAAGGCUAUAUCUCGUCAGCAUGCUAAAAUUGUUUACAACUUUCCAAAUCAGAGAUUUGAGUUCUCCGUCAUUGGAAAGAACGGGGCUUUCGUUGAUGGCGAAUUCGUCGAACGCGGAUCCACCGUGCCACUACACAGCGGAACUCGUGUUCAAAUUGGACAGAUAUCUUUUUCCUUUCUUCUUCCGGAAGGAAUGCAAAAGCAAAAAGCAGAAAAGCAUGAUGCUGAUACCGCUGAUCCUCAAAAAAUGAAUACGACUGUGACUCCAGUGAUUGAACAGAAACCACCUAUCGAAGAACUUCAAAGUUCUUUUUAUACAUCGGUAAAGAAAGAGUCUGAGCUCAAUCCUACUCACCUAUCUCCUCCUCCUCUUAUGACCAGUGAGGCUACAUCAGCAAAUAUAUUUGAGCAUCCUGAUGCAAUUCCUCCUCGUCCUUUAGAAUCCUUUCCCUACCCUUCCGAAUACAAACCCCAAACAGUGUCUCCUCAAUCUAUACAGCGUCAGACAUCGAGCGAUUUCUCGUCAGCCCCGAGUGCUAAUCCUGAAACCGUGCGAAACUUUUCUGAGACUCCUCCUGCUAAUACCAUUCCCCCAAAGCAAAUUCCUGUUGACCAAGAAUCGCAUCGAAUUUCAACAUCAAUCCCUUUGCAUCCAGGUUUAGAAUCACAACCACCACCAAAUUUGGGUGAUAUCUACCAAAAGCCUAAUCUUUCUUAUGCAAAUUUGAUUGCGCGUACCCUUAUAUCCAAUUCCAACAAAAAGAUGACACUGGGCGAUAUAUGCGAAUGGAUUUCCCAUACGUGGCCAUAUUACCAAUACCAACCACCAGCUUGGCAUAAUUCAAUUCGGCAUAACUUAUCUUUGAAUAAGGCCUUUAUACGGAUACCAAGGAGACAAAACGAAUCUGGAAAAGGGUCAUUUUGGAUAUUGGAUCCCUCUUAUAUUGAUCAAUUUGAAGGAAAUAUGUUUCGGAAAACUAAGAAACCUACACCAACUGCUACAGGUGCUACAGCCUUUGAACAUGAAAACAUUGAUCCACUUCGAAGUACUAUGUCUGCGGGAGGGAAAAUGGGUUCUUCGAAAACUUCUGACACUUCACAACGGGCACCUACAGUAAAUGGUGGAGCGGCUGCAUCUAAAGAAGAAAAGUCUUCACUAUUGCAGUCUGGAAUACAGCCUAUCAUUAUGCAGAAUGGAAAAUUAGCGUUGAAUCCUGAAUUUUUCCGCAACUCAAAUGGUGAACAACAAGCACCGAACGAACAAGCAGUACAUGCGAUUUCUCUUUUACAAGAUCAUAUUAAUCGACAAUUAGGACCGGCUGCUGUAAACAACCCAGCACAGGCCACAGCGAUUGCAAAUGCAUUAGCCGUUGCCCUAGCCAAAAAACUUCAGAAGCAACCGGUUCCAGCCGCACCAGUUCAGCAAGACACAGGUCAGCAAAAUAAGAGAAGAAAAGCUUCUUUUACGUCCACUGUGAAUCAAAAUGCCAAUACGGCAACGUCUUCCUCUUCCAUUCAACCGAAUGUUCCUUUUUUCCAUAUGUCCACACCGCCCCCUUCCACUAUGACAUCUGUUCCUCCUCCGUAUGUACGCCCACCUGCACAUUCUCAACCUAGAGACUCUCCUUAUGGCCGAACUAUAGAAGAUCCGUUACCCCCUGGAGCUGUUGCUGCAUCCUCCGCGACCUCCAAGUCGAAUACUACCUUGCCUGGAUCAUCAGGGCAACCAGGUAUUGUACCGAACACCUCCGUUCUAACAUCAGAUCGGCCUUUGUAUGUGGCAUCUCAUGAAGCAAAUGGUGAAAGACGGCCAAGCGUUUCGAUGUCCUCAUAUACAGCUUAUUCACCUAGUAAUGGGAUACAAGACAAAUCCCUUCAUACGACGCCGAGUUUACACUCGGAACGCGGAGGAGAAACCAAUGAGGGAAGGCCAGAGAAUCACCAGGAUCCAAUGCAAUCAACAGGGGACGUUCUUCGAGGAGUGAAGCGGCAGUUUGAUGAAGCUCCUUCUUCGUAUACCUGAUUUACAUACAGCCUUAAGGAGUGUAUUGGACCUUCAUGAUUUUCUAUUUCCAAAUAGGAUUUGUUUGAAGUUGUAAUGAAUGAUGAAACUAAAAACGAUUUUACUAACAGACUCUUCCUAUUACUUGGCAUUCUGGAUUGUCGAUUGUUGAUUUGUGAAUAUACGUUGUCUUUAUCUUAAUGUUUCCGAUUUUAAUAUGUCUAUCUUAAUUCGCUAUACCACGAACAAUUUAUCCUGCCAUUUCCCUUUUCUAUCCUUUCUUUUGAUCACACCGCUGGCAGCACUGAUUUUCAAAGGGCAAUUACGUCGUCCUUGAUAUUGUUGGCUUGUGUGAUCUUUCAAUUCUCUUGGACCGUUAGUUAAUUCAUGCGUUUGUAUAUAAUAAAAGUCAGUUCCUGAAUAUUAAUCUCUCCAUGCAAAUUCUAGCUAGAUCAACUUUCGACCCAUGCAAAGAGUAAUUGAUUACUCUGGAUCAUAAUUAUUUUACUAUGG